AUGGCGGUGCUUUCUCACACUUCUCGUCCCCAGCGACAUAAGUACUGCAGCCUGUUGCCUGGGCGGAUCUCUUCUCAGCUGUAUCUUCCAUCGGAGUUGGGCAUCGUCUGGAAUAAAGCGCUCAGCACGACUCGCGAGGAGUUUGGCGAAGCGUCGACCAUCCUUCGUAUCGCCGACGCGCGCUACGUCGGCGCCUUCGGCUCCACGACGAUAGCAGUCCACGCGGACGCGGGAAUCGAUUUGGCCAUGCAUCAUGCGGGCUCCUCUUUGCACCUCUAUGAGAGCCGCCAUGACGCAUCGCAGCCGAGAUGUCGGCGCGUCCCUGCCGCGCUAUUGCAAGCAUCCGCAAGCACCUGCAGUGCCGCACCGCGUCGUCCAAGCGAGGACGCAACGGCAUUCUCAGAGGUGCGGGCGCUGCAAGCGAGACAGCAGGACGACGAUCCUCGCUCGUUCGAGCUCUCCUCCAACGCGCGACCGGGACGCACUCCGCCUUGCGUUGCUUUCGGAGCUUCUGGGAGGCCUUACCCUGGCCCCGUGUGCCCGUGGUUGGCGCCGAUGGAUCACCGUCGAUAG